AUGAGCGCGCUCAAUUACUUCACUCCGCCGUCGCUGCAGUCCCAGGCUGGGGCUGCGCUCACAUGCGAGUCUCUUCUCGAAACUGCUGUAGCUCUGGCCUCUGCUGACGUGCCACUCUUGGAUCCUGCCACGUGUCAGCAGCAAAAAUCCCUCGAGCAGCAGCGGCAGCAGCAGGGAAAGCAGCAGGGAGGGGGGGCCGAGGGUUAUGAGGCGCCAGCGUGGGUGAACGUGGGGCUGUACAAGAAGAUAAAGGCCUUCCAGAAGAGAAUAGCGGCAGGGGUAGGGGUAGGGGCAGGGGCAGGGGCAGUGGGGGUGGCAGCAGGAGGCGUGGGACUGAUUCUGGAUGCGGUGGUGGGGCGAGGGGAGCAGUACACACGCAUUCAGCAAGCACUUGACGCAGCUCCCCCAAUGCAGGCCGCCGAGACCCCUCGCCCCUACGUCAUCUUUAUCCAAGCAGGGCGGUACAGGGAGCAGGUGCGUGUGGGCAGGGAGGGCGUGGUGCUGCUGGGGGAGGGAGCUGACCGCACUAUCAUCACUGGCAAUGCCAGCGUGGCUGGCGGCUCGUCCACAUAUGGCUCUGCCACUGUAGCGGUGGACCGAGGAAAUUUCAUGGCAGUGGGAAUCCGGAUAGAGAACACAGCAGGGCCACGUGGCAAGCAGGCAGUGGCUCUCAAGAUCUCCGCCGACCGUUCUUAUGUCUAUGACUCUGCAAUCACAGGCCAUCAGGACACGCUAUGUGUGGACGCCGGGCGGCAGUACUACAGCAGCUGUUACAUCUCGGGGUUCACGGAUUUCAUCUUUGGGGAUGCGGCGGCACUGAUCGACCGAUCGACGGUGGAGAUGCGCUCGGGGAAAUCGACGGCUGUGAUCACGGCGUCUGGGAGGGAGUCUAAUACCCCCACGGGGAUUGUUAUUCGCGGGUGUAAUGUGACGGCGGGGGAGGGGGUGAGGGAGGGAUCGUUUGGGCGGCCGUGGAAGAAUUGCUCACAGGUCGUGAUGAUCGGAAAUUACCUGCCUGCGAACCAGGGCGUGGAAGCUCUGUGCACGAGUGGUGGUGAUAAUCGGCAAUUACCGGCCUGCGGUGAGUGUGGUGACGAGUGUGCAGCAGGCACAGUGGUGGCCAGGAGGGGGUGA